GAAGGAGGCUGGUCUGAAGGGGUUGCGACAACCCCAGCAAUGUGGAGAAGUCUGGGGCUUGCUCUGGCUCUCUGUCUCCUCCCUGGUGGAGGAACACAGAGCCAGAGCAAAAGCUCCUAUUGUGAGCAACCCCCACCAUGGAGCAUAGGAGAUCAAAAUCCUAUGCAGAACGCCACUGGCACGGUGACUGUGGUCGCUCUUCUCGACGCCAGCUGAUAUGUGUGCAUUCUGCAGGCUUCUAGGUUUGAAGACCUGCGAGUAAAACUAAAGCUCGAAGGUUAUUCUAAUAUUUCCUAUAUCAUUGUCAAUGGUCCAGGAGCUGAUGCUCGGUCACAGUACCUAUAUCUUAAAAAACACGUUUCAGAUCAUAUAUCUGUUUAUCAACAAGAACAACACCAACCAGAUAUCUGGUCUCGCCUAAAAGGAAAUAAAGAUGACAUUCUCAUCUAUGACAGAUGUGGUCGUCUUGCAUAUCAUCUUAGAAUGCCUUACUCCUUCCUAAGUUUCCCGUAUGUAGAACAAGCCAUUAAGAUUGUUUAUUGUGUAGAAAAAUGUGGAAACUGCUCUCUCAAGAACCUUGAAGAUGAUGACUUCUGUAAAAAUGUAUCUUUGGCUGCAGUAACAACUGAGGCUCCACAGAAACAUCACCACCGUCAGAUCCAUCCUCCCAAGCGGGGGCAUCCAUAUCUCGGGAGCAGGGAACCAGAAGCACCAGAUAAUCCUGUGCAAUCCCUUCCACUAGGCCUUCAUAACCUCCACCGGGGUCAGCCUAGGCAGGUUCACUCACCAAGCUGAGAUAUGGUACCAGGUGAAGGUUUCCAACCUUCACCUCAAUUAAGGAAACUCUGCCCCAAGGGAUGUAAAACCCAGGUACUGUGUAAGCCACCCAAAAAUUCACACUCAGCUCCUAGUAGCUGUUGCUGCCAUUGUCGACAUCUAGUAUUUGAACAACCAGGGUCUUCAGUCACCUGUCAGUGUGCAGAAAAUCUCCCAUCUUUAUGCAGCUGUGAGGGACUUUUUGGAGAGGAAAAAGUCAUUGAAUCUUGUCAGUGUCGACUGCCUCUAGCUCCCUGACAAGUAAGUCCGCAGCAGAAACCCACAGAAACCAAUCCUAAUUGAAGUUGAAAAAAUAUGGCACAAAAGUGAAAAUGACCUUCAAACUAAAUAUUUAAGAUACACUCCUCAAAUUAAUUUGCAGACGAGUUUCAUUUCCAAAAUUUUUAUAAACUAUCUAAUUAACAAAUUAAAGAUAGAAAUUAGGUUGUGCAAACAUGGAGAAAUCUUUUGGAUUGGCUUCUAAAUUUUAUGUCAUAAGUUUUUUUUACCCAAAUGACAUUUUUAGUAGGCAGCAACUGAAAAAUGAUCCCACCUUUUGGUUAAUAUGUCUUUCUUGUUCUUUUUCCAGAAUUCUAUUUGCAUUGAUGAAAACAGAAACAUAAACUAUGACCUAGGGGUUUCUGUUGGAUACAUAGUAAUUUAGAAUGGAGGAAGAACGAUGAAGAUAUGUUUUCCAUUUUUUUCUCUACUUAUCUCAAAACUGUAUUAUCUUUAUCUUUUUAAUCUUACAUUUUAAACUGAUUAAACAUUUAGAGAAAAGUGAAUUUUGUUUCUUAACACAUGCAUAUUUCACUAAAAAAGCACAUGGCAUUAAUUGUUCUUUUAAUUUUUCCAUACCUAAGACUCAUAUCUUGACUUAUACACAAGUAAAAGUUUUUGUAUCUCCUUUUCUUCAUCUAUCAUUAUCUUAUACUUCUGAAUUUUGAAUGUUAUGAGGGAAAAGAAAGAAAUGUCUUAUCUUAGGCUGC